AUGGUACAUUCAGACUUCGCGGAAGGGGCCAACACGCCUGUCAACAUGACUGUGGAUCAAACGAGACCAGACAUCAGAAUAGUGUACAACAGAGGACGCAAGACACCAUCAGGCGAUGACAUCUGUGGCAGACCAGUAGUUCUGGUUCUGGAUCUGUCUGGUUCCAUGCUUGAGUUUCCUCCACCGUCCUCUCUACCAACAGACUCCUCCACCGUCCACUCUACCAUUAGUCUCCUCUACCGUCCUCUCUACCCCCAGUCUAACCCACCGUCCUCUCUACCACCAGUCUCCCCCACCGUCCGCUCUACCACCAGUCUCCCCCACCGUCCGCUCUACCACCAGUCUCCUCCACCGUCCACUCUACCACCAGUCUCCCCCACCGUCCACUCUACCACCAGUCUCCCUCACCGUCCUCUCUACCACCAGUCUCCCCCACCGUCCGCUCUACCACCAGUCUCCCUCACCGUCCUCUCUACCACCAGUCUCCCCCACCGUCCGCUCUACCACCAGUCUCCCCCACCGUCCUCUCUACCACCAGUCUCCCCCACCGUCCUCUCUACCACCAGACUCCUCUACCGUCCACUCUACCACCAGUCUCCUCCACCGUCCACUCUACCACCAGUCUCCCCCACCGUCCACUCUACCACCAGUCUCCCUCACCGUCCUCUCUACCACCAGUCUCCCCCACCGUCCGCUCUACCACCAGUCUCCCUCACCGUCCUCUCUACCACCAGUCUCCCUCACCGUCCUCUCUACCACCAGUCUCCCCCACCGUCCGCUCUACCACCAGUCUCCCUCACCGUCCUCUCUACCACCAGUCUCCCCCACCGUCCUCUCUACCACCAGUCUCCCCCACCGUCCUCUCUACCACCAGACUCCUCCACCGUCCACUCUACCAUAAUGACUCCACCACCGUCCAGUCUACCACCAGUCUCCCCAACCGUUCACUCUACCACCAGUCUCCUCCACCGUCCUCUCUACCACCAGUCUCCUCUACCGUCCACUCUACAACCAGUCUCCUCCACCGUCCUCUCUACCACCAGACUCAUCUACCGUCCUCUCUACCACCAGACUCCUCCACCGUCCACUCUACCACCAGUCUCCCCCACCGUCCACUCUACCAGCAGACUCCUCUACCGUCCACUCUACCACCAGUCUCCUCUACCGUCCACUCUACCACCAGUCUCCUCUACCGUCCACUCUACCACCAGUCUUCUCUACCGUCCACUCUACCACCAGUCUCCCCCACCGUCCACUCUACCACCAGACUCCUCCACCACCUUGGAUGACUCUGGCAAAGUGCCGUUGAACCUUCUCUAUCUGAAUCGUAUCCUGGCCACGUAUGCCCCUUAG